GUCAUAUGAACAUAAUGGCGGCCGCAAUGGAUGUUGAUGACAGUGGUGCUGACGGAGAUCUGGAAGUUCCUGGCGGUUCAGGAGAAAAGGGAGGAAAGAAAAGAUUUGAAGUUAAAAAAUGGAAUGCUGUCGCUUUAUGGGCAUGGGAUAUAGUAGUUGAUAACUGUGCAAUCUGCAGGAAUCACAUCAUGGAUCUUUGUAUAGAAUGCCAGGCCAAUCAAGCCUCAGCCACAAGUGAAGAGUGCACAGUAGCAUGGGGAGUUUGCAACCAUGCAUUCCAUUUUCACUGUAUAUCUCGAUGGUUAAAAACUCGACAAGUGUGCCCCUUGGAUAACAGAGAAUGGGAAUUCCAGAAGUAUGGCCAUUGAAAGAGAUCCACAGUUAUUUCCAUUCAAAAUUGGAGGGAAAGUGUUAAUUUUAUUGAAACAAAAAUACUUAAACACUCACUAAAGUUAUUAGUUACUGUGCUUUAAGAAGGAAAAAUCAGUUAUUGUCAGAAAUAGCAUUUUAAAAGAAUACUUUAUAAUACAAUAAGAAGACAUAUGGUAUUUGUAUGUACAUUUUUAAUAAUUACAUGUAUACAUAUUAUACAUGUAUAUAGUAACGUGCCCCCCAAAAAAGAUAUAAGAAGUAUUUUGUGUACAUGUAUGAUGUGUUUGAAAUUAAUAAAUUAAGCAUAGAAAACAUU